AAAUUACUUAGUUUUUUUCACCGCAUUCGUACAAAUCAAUCAAUAUUUAGUUUUCUUUAAAGCCUUUCCUAAAUUCUUAGUUCUUACUUCGAGCUCAUACAAUAAGCAAAUGUAAAAGCUGGCCGUGUCGUUUAGGGGGAAUUUUUGUUGCAAUUAUGUAAUAUUUGUUAUUUGUUCCCUAUUAUAUAUAUAUAUUAAUAACUGGGUACAACUACGUUUUGCCUGUAAGAGCUGUUUCCCACUGACGUCCAGUUUUUUGCGGGGAGGAAAAUCCAGGAGCGAUGGCUAACACUACUAACACUAAUGAAACCGACGCGUGGCGCGACUGGACGCUGGACUGGUACUUCCACCCGCCUCUCUCCAUCGCCAAGCCCGGCGCCACCAUCUUCGUGGGCACGAUCAGCAUAGUGCACUCGCUGUGCCACAUCCCGCACCUGCUGAUGUACCGGCGGCUCGGGAUGUUCACGGCCUUCUGGAGCAUCGUCGGCGUGGGACUCAUAUUUGGAGCCGUACUGGAGGACGAGUGGCUGUACGACAUCUGGAUCUGGUACUCGUGCGUGUACGUGCCGGUGAUGCUGGUCACCAUGUACGUGGUGCUCACGGGAUCCGUGUGGGCGCUCAACAUACAGCCCAUGCGCUCCGUCUUCGCCACCGUCGCCAUCAUCUUCUACCUGUUUAUGUUCUACUGUAUCGUGUACGUGAUGAGCGAAAAGCGGAAAAUAUUCACGACGACAACGGCACCGACGCAAUCGCCAACGUCGCGGUGCCCGGCGUGCCCGGAGUGCACCACGCAGAAAUGCACCACCCCCGCCGCCAUCAAGACACAGGCACAGACCGAAAAAGCGGCGCUUCGCCUCAUCCAGUACCUCAGCGAUCGCGUCUGAUCUGACCGCCCGCCCGGCGGUCAUCGCCACCGAGGAUCGCUUCUCACUAAGAAUCGCUGUAGCCUGAAACCAUUGGAAUUUCUUUACAACAAAUACCUAUUUAAUACUAGUGGCUCGGUGAGCUGUAGACCUCGCGUUAAGCUUAAGUCAUUUAAUUUUAUGCCAAUGUCCGAAUUAA